AGCAACCCUGUAUAAGUGCUGCCCAUCGCUGUCAAAUUGCACUAGUACUGCCCAUUCGAUAACCUAAAAAUUUUUGACACGAGGUUGUGCGUGUCUUUUCCUUUCUUUCUCGCUUUUUACUCGAACAUGGGUAUUAGCCGUGAUAGUGCACACAAGCGUCGCGCCACUGGUGGCAAGCGUAAGUCGCUCCGCAAGAAGCGCAAGUUCGAGCUGGGCCGCCCCGCUGCCAACACCAAGCUUGGCUCUUCCCGCGUGCACACCGUGCGCACUCGUGGUGGUAACACCAAGUUCCGCGCUCUGCGCCUCGAGAACGGCAACUUUGCGUGGGCCUCUGAGGGUGUUGCCCGCAAAACUCGUAUUGCCGAUGUUGUGUACAAUGCCUCCAACAACGAGCUGGUGCGCACCAAGACGCUGGUGAAGAACAGCAUUGUUGUCAUCGAUGCCACGCCAUUCCGUCAAUGGUACGAGUCACACUAUGUGCUGCCUUUGGGACGCAAGCGUAAUCCCAAGCACGCACAGAAGGAAGAUGAGAACGAUGUGCUGACCAAGAAGCGCAGCGAAAAGACCAUGAAGAAGUAUCUGGAGCGCCAAAAGUACGGCAAGGUCGAGCAGGCUCUUGAGGAUCAGUUCACCUCUGGUCGCAUUUUGGCUUGCAUCUCUUCCCGCCCCGGACAGUGCGGUCGCUCCGAUGGCUACAUUCUGGAAGGCAAGGAAUUGGAAUUCUACCUUAAGAAGAUCAAGUCUAAGAAAUAAAGGCACUAGAUAAGAAUGCAAAACAAACAACUGAUUUGCAAACAGAAACAAAUAAAA